AUGCCGGACUCAGAAUCGUUGUCGCAGUCGUCGUCCGAUUCCUCAUUCGGGGACGGCAGUACGACUUCUCGGUCGACGCAUUUCAGCUCUGUCACUUCAGCACUCCCGGACAGCAAGCAUAACUCUGAUGCAGCUUACCCGAGAUCCUUUCCUACGUUGCCUAUAGACGAAACACCAGAUGAGUCUGCAGAGCAAGACCUCCAAACUCCUGAUCGUUGGGUUCAUAGAAACCCAGACCUCGUACGCUUGACGGGGAAACAUCCUUUCAAUUGCGAAGCGCGAUUGCCCAAGCUGAUCGAGGCGGGAUUUCUCACCCCCGCUCAUCUCCACUUUGUCCGGAAUCACGGCGCCGUCCCCCGCAUAGAACGGGAGCAGUUCGGAGCCUGGACCCUGUCCAUCGGCGGCCUCGUCAAGAACCCGUUGACCAUAACAUUGCAAGAGCUGAAGGAGAGGUUCCCAGUCGUGACGAUCCCCGUGACCCUCGUCUGCGCAGGUAACCGACGGAAGGAGCAGAACGUGAUCCGCCAAAGUCUUGGCUUCAGCUGGGGAGCUGCCGGAGUCAGCACCGCACUCUGGACGGGAGUAUACCUGGCAGAUGUCCUAGCUCAUGUGCAGCCUGUGCGGCCAAAAGCACGGCAUGUCGUCUUCGAAGGCGCCGAUAACCUUCCGCAAGGUCCCUACGGAACGUCGCAGCUGCUCAGUUGGGCCACAAGUAAGGAAAGGGGAAUGUUAAUAGCUUGGGGCAUGAACGGCCAACCUUUAGAGCCAGACCACGGCUUUCCUGUCAGAUUGAUCGUCCCUGGACAGAUAGGCGGUCGUUCCGUGAAGUGGUUGAGGAAAAUCGAGGUUUCUGACAAUGAGUCCCAACAUCACGUAAGGAGCCAGGACAAUAAAGUCCUCCCAAGGCAAUUGUCCCCCGAUAACGCUAGAGCAGAGAGGGACUGGUGGUAUGAUCGAAAAUAUCUCAUAACAGAGCUCAACAUCAACAGCGUGAUAGCGAAGCCGGACCACGACGAACGAUUGCAUGUCUCACCGCAGCACGUCAACAACACGGAACCCGCCUCUUACCCAAUCCGCGGUUAUGCAUAUUCUGGAGGAGGGAGGCGCAUAACGCGAGUGGAAGUAACCCUUGAUGACGGUAAGACCUGGAAACUGGCGACCAUAGAUUACCCUGAAGAUCUCUACAGGGAGCUGGCCUACGAAGAUGUCGUCUUCGGCUCACUAGACUUGACCGAACGCGAUACGUCCUUUUGUUGGUGCUUCUGGUCCCUGGACGUGCCGCUCUCGGAGUUAGCGAAGGUCUCUGUCAUCCAAGUGUGCGCCAUGGACGAGUCGAUGAACAUGCAACCGCGAGACAUGUACCUCAAUGCCACGUCCAUGCUAAACAAUUGCAUGUUCAGAGUCGCGGUGAUCAAGAGUAUUUCGGACGACGGAGAUGUCGAGCUACAUUUUGAGCACCCGACGUUGGCGGGGUCGGCGUCUGGUGGAUGGAUGGAGCGAAUCAAAGCUGCGGGUGGAGACCUCCUCAAUCCCCAAUUCGGGAUGGCGUCCGUGCAAGUCACAGACGUACCUGACUCAGGGACCACUGCAGACGCGUUGCCUUGCAUGACCAAGCCGGGGGUAAACCGGCAGAUCUCCAUGGCCGAACUGGCGGCUCAAGACAAGGAGCGCCCGUGGUUCGUGGUCAACGGAGAGGUGUAUGACGGAACCACGUUCUUGAAGGAACACCCGGGUGGCGGCGACUCCAUACUGCUCGUUGCUAGCGAGGAUGCGUCGGAGGACUUCAUUGCCAUACAUUCUGUGGAGGGCAAGGCUAAGCUCGCUGAGUUUCAUAUCGGCACUCUCGUCAAGUCAGGAGAGACCAAAGUGGUGCGGACGACCGACGACCCUAAUGGGCCGUUCUUGAACCCGAAGGUUUGGAAGGCUACCAAGCUGGCGUCUGUCGAAUGGGUCAACCACGACUCCUGCCUCUUCCGCUUCUUGAUGCCAGAUCCCCAGCAAGACCUGGGUUUGCCGAUAGGUCAACACGUGUUCCUCCGGCUCAAAGACCGCCAAACAGGCGAGACGAUACAACGCGCGUAUACGCCCGUCUCCAAACAGACGGCGAAGGGGAGCAUCGAGUUACUUGUUAAAUUAUACUUACCAUCUCCCACGGUCGUCUUUGGUGGCAAGAUGAGCACCGUGCUGAACAAGAUGCAAAUUGGAGACGAAGUCGAGUUGAAAGGACCUCUAGGUUCGUUUACUUGGAAUGGUACAGGAGAAGCGACAUGGAAGGGCCAGAGACGAACGGUCCGGCAAGUGGGCAUGAUCUGUGGUGGGAGCGGCAUUACGCCGAUAUUGCAGGUCUUGCGCGGUAUAUUCGAGGAUGAGACCGACGACCGGACGCAGGUCUGGUUGAUCUGCAGUAACAAAACCGAGCACGAUAUUCUGUGUUGGCAGGAGCUGGAGGAUCUGCACAAUCGACAUGGAUCAAGCAGAUUCCGCAUGAGACACACGCUGAAUGCACCGCCAUCGGGUUGGGCGCAAAGUGUGGGCAGAAUCGAUGAGCAUAUGAUGCGCGAAUACUUGCCUCCGCCCUCCAAUGAUACGCUCAUACUGGCCUGCGGCCCUAAUAGUAUGAUCACGCAGACGAUCAAGCCAGGGCUGACGAGGCUGGGCUGGGACAUAGAGCGGUCAUUGGUUGUAUUCUGA